UAAUCCACAUCUAGGGCAAGCUGGCUGAGAGGCGAUCCAGUGCUCAGCUCCUCUCUGCAGGCUGAGAAAAGAGACAGAGAGUGAAAGACAACGAUUUUCAACGCAGGAGGAAAAACGUGAGAUUUUGAGCUCUUGGAGCUGGAAGAUACCAAGAAUUUAACAGAGGAAGAUUUUCAUCUGCGGAUAUCAUUUAUUUAUACAUAUUGUUUAUAUAUCUAUAUAUAUAUUUGUACACACGCAUAUAGAUAUUUAUAUAUAUAUAUACAUUUAUCCUUGUACAUAUCUGUAUUUGUGCUUGUCUGUUUAUAUUACUAUUUUUAUAUGUAUUUGUGUGUGUAAAUAUAUAUGAUAUAUAAACAAAAGAAUAUAUAUAUAUAUAUCUAUGAAUUUAUAUGCGUAUCACUGUGAACCAAGAGAAGCAAGAGGAAAUUUCUAUCAUCAGGGCUGGUCUCUGAUUGUGUGGUGGUAUACAAUAUUUUAAAUAUUUCCUUUGAUCUUCUACGUCAAGAGGACAAAGACUACGUGCCCAUUUUGUAUUUUUUGUUUUCCUGUUGCUGCUUCCCGUCCCUCUCAAUCUCCUUUUUUUUUCUACAUCCGAGAGGAAUAAAGCGGAGAGUGGCAGGAUUUGACGAAAAAGGGAAAAUCUGUAGAAAUUCCUGUGAUUAGUGUUAUUUCCAUCGGCAUUAGCACUCUGUGAGCCGAUCACAGCGUGCUGUGUGAGAUCUGAGGAGGCAGCAGAGACAGAGUGCCACGCCGCUCAUCUCAGCGUCAGCCCAGCCAGCACAGCCAGCAUGCACAAACACCACCACUGCUGCAAGUGCCCAGAAUGUUAUGAGGUAACCCGUAUGGCAGCCCUGAGAAGAAUGGAUGCCCCGUCGUAUGGAGGAGACUGGCAGGCCGAGCCCUAUGGAUACCCGCCUGGGUAUGGGGGAGGCCAGACCUUACCCCCUCCAGCCUCAGGGGGAGGUGGAAGCAUGGGAGGAGGAGGGGGCACUUUGGGGAGAAGUAAGGGCAAGAUUAUGUCUGGUGGGGGCCCUGGAGGCCCCAACCCAAAGGGCCAGUCCAAGGGUGGCCCCAAAGUAAAUGGCAACAACUCCAGUGGACAAGGAGGAUGGUGGCCCGAGUGCACCUGUACCAACCGGGAGUGGUAUGACCAGGCCAACCCUCCCCCCAUCAUUGUCAACGCAGACUCACUAGAUGCAGGCCCUUAUGUAAAUGGCAGUGAUGGGAUGUACAAAUAUGAAGAGAUCAUCUUGGAGAGGGGGAACUCUGGCCUGGGCUUCAGUAUUGCUGGAGGAAUAGACAAUCCCCACAUUCCUGAUGAUCCAGGGAUUUUCAUUACCAAGAUCAUCCCUGGAGGAGCAGCUGCUAUGGAUGGACGGCUAGGGGUUAAUGACUGUGUGCUGCGUGUGAACGAUGUUGACGUGUCUGAGGUGGUUCACAGCCGGGCGGUGGAAGCCUUGAAGGAGGCGGGACCUGUAGUGCGACUGCUUGUCCGACGGAGGCAGGCCCCACCUGAGACGAUUCUGGAGGUCAACCUGCUGAAAGGGCCCAAAGGACUGGGAUUCAGUAUUGCUGGGGGGAUCGGGAACCAGCAUAUCCCAGGAGACAACAGUAUCUAUAUUACCAAGAUCAUAGAAGGAGGAGCUGCCCAAAAAGAUGGACGGCUGCAGACUGGAGACCGCCUGCUAGCUGUGAACAACAUCGUGCUACAGGACGUGCGUCAUGAGGAGGCAGUAGCUGCGCUGAAGAACACCUCUGAUAUGGUUUACCUCAAGGUUGCCAAGCCAGGACCUGUACAUCUGAAUGACAUGUACGCCCCUCCAGACUACUCCAGCAGCCUGGCCCUCCCUCCAGCCUUCCCAACCAUGGUGGACAACCACGUCAGCCACAACUACAUGGGGGCGAUGGAGCCCAAGCCAGUGUACCCGCCACCCCAGGUCACCCCGUCCAGGUAUUCACCCGUUCCCCGCCACAUGCUGGGGGAGGAAGAUUUCACAAGCAGGGCUGAGCCUAUUUACAGUGUCAUCAACAAACCUGGGGACAGCAAGGUGCCCCAGGCCCUCUACAGAGGCUUCUGCCCUUCCCCUGCUCCCUUGUGCCAAGGUCCACUCCCCUUCUCUGGCAGGGAGCCAAGGAAGGUGUUGCUGCACAAAGGCUCCACAGGUCUGGGCUUCAACAUCGUCGGUGGGGAGGAUGGAGAGGGGAUCUUCGUCUCCUUCAUCCUGGCUGGAGGGCCAGCUGACCUGAGCGGCGAGCUAAGGAGGGGCGACCGGAUUCUCUCAGUCAAUGGAGUGAAUCUAAGGAAUGCCACACAUGAGCAGGCGGCUGCAGCGCUGAAGAGAGCUGGGCAGACUGUCACCAUCAUUGCUCAAUACAGGCCUGAGGAGUACAGUCGCUUUGAGUCUAAGAUCCACGACCUGAGGGAGCAGAUGAUGAACAGCAGCAUGAGCUCAGGAUCAGGCUCCCUGCGUACCAGUGAGAAACGUUCCCUCUAUGUCAGAGCUUUGUUUGACUACGACCGAACGAGGGACAGCUGCCUGCCCAGCCAAGGCCUGAGCUUCUCUUAUGGGGAUAUCCUUCAUGUCAUAAAUGCUUCUGAUGACGAGUGGUGGCAGGCGAGGCUUGUCACACCUCAUGGAGAGAGUGAGCAGAUUGGGGUUAUUCCCAGCAAGAAAAGAGUGGAGAAGAAGGAGCGGGCCAGGUUAAAAACAGUCAAGUUCCACGCCCGGACAGGCAUGAUUGAGUCAAACAGGCCAGUCAAAGUAAAGCGCAAAAAAAGCUUCAACCUCUCACGCAAGUUCCCGUUUUACAAGAGCAAGGAGAAUAUUGUACAGGAGUUGGUGGAGUCUGAACAAUGCCUGACAUCCAACACAAGUGACAGCGAAAGUAGUUCGAAGGGUCAGGAGGACACAAUUCUUUCCUAUGAGCCAGUCAUUCGACAGGAAAUACACUACACAAGGCCUGUGAUCAUUUUGGGCCCAAUGAAGGACAGAGUAAACGAUGACCUCAUCUCUGAGUUUCCCCACAAGUUUGGCUCAUGUGUACCCCGUGAGUUGGCAACAUGCAACACCUCUCAGCAGUGCACUACACAUAACAGCGGUGGCAAAAAUAAACUUGUUCCAUUCACCUCCGCAGAUACAACUCGUCCGAGGCGAGAGAACGAGAUGGACGGCCAGGACUACCACUUUGUGGCCUCAAGAGAGCAAAUGGAGAAAGACAUUCAGGAUAAUAAAUUCAUAGAGGCUGGCCAGUUCAAUGAGAACCUCUAUGGGACGAGCAUCUUGUCUGUCAGAACUGUGGCUGAGAGGGGGAAACACUGUAUUCUGGAUGUGUCUGGGAAUGCCAUAAAGCGACUGCAGCAAGCACAACUUUAUCCGAUUGCCAUCUUUAUUAAACCAAAAUCCAUUGAAGCCCUUAUGGAAAUGAAUAAGAGGCAGACGUACGAGCAGGCCAAUAAAGUCUUUGACAAGGCAGUUAAGCUGGAGCAGGACUUUGGAGAGUAUUUCACAGCUAUUGUACAGGGUGACUCGCUAGAGGAGAUCUACAACAAAAUCAAGCUUAUCAUCGAGGAGCAGUCUGGGCCCUACAUCUGGAUCCCCUCCUCAGAGAAGCUCUGAGCUCCCUGCCGUCCUCUCUGCAUCGAUGCAGAGCUCCCUUCCUGCCUCCCAGAGACCCCACCCAAGCCCAAAUAGCCCCCUCUCCUCACCUCCUUUUUGCAGAUAUGUUUCAUAUCAAGUUUUAGUGUCAUCAUUAUGUUACUCUCUAAAUGAAAAAGAAGUCUUAUCACCAUUACUGUGACUGUGCACACCCCUGCAUGAGUUUCUCAACAAAUCCAUUCAAGACUGGAAAUGCCAUUCCAAAGGAAUUUGUCAAAUGAAAACAAAAGGGAAAAGGAAUAAAUCCUUUUGUGAACUGAGACUGACUGAAGAUCAGAAUGCUUUGCAGAAAUCUCAAGAGACGAGUUGGGAUUCAAAAAGAAGUUGCAGGGGAACAGAGACAAAUCAUACCAAGUUGGAACACUUUGUAAAUGUUCAUCAAAUCACAUUUAAAAAGACACGCAAGAUGAGAAGUUGAAGACCAAUUAAGGGUUUUUUUUUUCUAAAAGGACUGGAUAAAAUCGAGCCCUGCUGAUGGUACUGUUCAAGGAGUCGUCUCUUGUUUAUAAUGACUGAGGAAAUUAGUGGAGGAGCCUACAAACUGGUGAUCUAUUUAUCACAAACCAGCUUGCUGUUUGGUCGUCUGCCAGUUGUCUGUGCUGCAGCCGAUAAAGACAUCUUGGGAGGCAGAUCAAGAGGAAGAAAUGCGUUGUGAAUCUCUACAUUUAUAUUAUGAAAUCACAAGAUAAAUGAUAAAAUCCUACUGAGAUUUUACUACAUAUUAAAAACUACACAUUUUACACUUCACUAGAGUUGUCAAUUUGGAGGGCUGUUAGAUUUCAUUUUGGGUUUUUUUCUUUCUUUCUUGUGGGAUUUUUUUGCUUGUGGUUUUUAGCUGCUCUGUGUAAAGGAUGGGGGUAGAGAAGUGUAACUGGGCUCUCUGCAAAACACCAAACUGCCUUACAUCAAAUACAAAUUCUGUUUUGUGACUACCUGUUGUCUGUGAGGGAGGCUGCACACAACUGACAAGGAAAAGAGAGGAAACAUUCUCAUCUUUCCUUAGUUUUUUUGUGUCCUCCAACUGUCAGGAGGCCUGACUUGAGUGCAAUAGAUUAAAAAUAUAUAGUCUCACCUCUGUGGGCGCCUUUUCUCUGUAUUUCAGCCUUUUUUCUGUGUAGUUAAACGAAGAAUUUGGCCAUUGGAUUACAAUUUGGAACAGCCAGAGCCUCCUAACUCAUGUUGAGCAGCAGACCACCCUAUUACACUCUCUGCCUUCCCAGAGGAUUCUCUUCUGAUUGGUCACAUGGUACUGUCCUAUCUGCCGCCAUGAUGGUGGCCUUAAAACGGGUAGAACAAGACAAUAAUUGUAUUGGAUGUCCUAACGAUUAAAGAGUCAAUAUAACCUGUUUUGGAUUGUCCCCAUGUCCCCCUACCAAAAACAACACUAAAGUUGGGUUUGAGUAAACCUAUACGCUUUGUGUAUCUAUAAACGUAUGAAUUCUUCAUGAAUCUGUUGUUGGCAGGUGCUGAACCACUGUGUUUGAGCUCUGGGCGUGUCUGGGGUGAGCUAGACCAGCUCAGGAAUCUUUAACGUACAGAUACCAUUUCCCCUGUGACUGAACGGCCAUGUUUGGGCGAUGACACAGAGUCCGUAGUUGUGAACAAAUGAGUUCUCGAGGCACUGUCGCUUAGUUGAAGGCAUUUUUAACUGGACGGUGUAUCCGGGUUGUAUUGCGUGUCUUCUAUUUAUCGCGGGGCUUGGAGCUUGUUCGAGGCCAUCGGUUCGGUAACCUACGCUGCGCAGCAUCAGCAGGAUUGAAAUGACCCGCUCCACCUCUCUGUGCAGAUCUUGGCGCUGUAUGGCGACGUGUGCAUGUGAGAGGGCACGUCUGAAGGAGGAGUCCUCUGGCCCCUGAUCCUGUGAACGUUCUCGCUUUCUUCCUCAGCUUUUUGAAGAGUGCAAAGGGAUUGUUUUUUUUUUUUCUCCUCAGAGAGCCAGACCCAACAAGAAGUGUUAACCUAGACCUCUGGGUCCAUUGCUCUCUCCCACCCACAGAGCACCUGUACCUGCAGGCAUUUUCUGAACAGGUGUGCCCACCUGCCAGGCACCACUGCUAAACCAGCUGUCAUUACCUGUGUCAAAACCAGAGUUCAGGGAAUAACCGAAGGGAACAGAGCCAUUUAUAAACUGCUUGCAGACUGUUUCAAAGGGUGUGGUAGCUGUACAAUGUAAAUAAGCCCCCAGCAGAUCCCCCUCACCUGUGCUUCAUGCAUGUGUGAAUCAGACUGGGACAAACAUGUUUUAUAGACCACAAAUGUCAGGUAAGUAAAGUCUGAGCUACUCUUGAGAUAUAAUUUCCAUACAAAUGUGCUGUAUUGUUGGUAUUUCUCUUAAAAUGCCUAUUGGAACACUUAACUAGUCAGUUGGGAAUUCAAUUCCCUCAAGUAGGGCCUGUCUACAUGUGAUUUCUUGUGGAACGUGUCUGGGUGUAUAGAUUUAAAAAAAUAUAUUGUAAAAUAAAGUGAUACAGGCAGAAACCUACACAAUAUCGCAGAAACCAGGAGCAUUGAUCAAUACAUUAUUAGAAGUUUAGAAUUGGUCUUCUCUGGUGUUUAGUUGAAAUACAGCUGACUGUUAACAAUGUGUGUGGUAUUCAUACCUCAGUCAGCCAUGUCAAAGCCCAAAGAACUUGAUUUCAUUUUACUCUUUCCAUUGAGGUUGUGGUAACAAGAUGGGACCUGAAUGCCUCUGUGUGUAUAAUUGAUGAGGGUCUUUGUUCUGAUGAGAGAAAUGACGACAUAUAUGCUUUUAUUUUUUGGGUGGGGGGGUCAGGGUUCUUGUUUGUACUUUUGGGUGAUGAUAUGUUUAUGUUAUAGCACAUCUGUGCAGUAAGUGCUUGCAAACAUGAACCCUUUGAUUGUACAGUAGUUUCCUUCCUGUCACUGCAGGUGGUACAGCCUAUCAGGACACUUGGCCUCAUGGUCUUCCCUGUCCUAGUCAUGAGGGAACACAGUCCUGCAACUUUUGUUUGGGUUUUAUUUUGGGACUUGACAAGAGUUUAUUUGUUUGAAAAUAAAAUAUGUGACUCAGUUAUGA